AUGGCUAACAUGCUUGAAGAGCCGGUCAUGAAGCUGCUGGAAGAGAUGAAACCUAGACCUAGCUGUCUUAUCUGCGACUUGUGUUUGCAUUAUACAAGCAAAAUCGCCAAGACAUUCAAUAUUCCAAAGAUCGUCUUCCAUGGAAUGUCAUGUUUUUGUCUUUUGUGUAUGCAUGUUAUGCGCCAAAACCUAGAGAUCUUGCAUAAUUUGAAGUCGGACAAAGAGUAUUUCUUUGUUCCUAAUUUUCCUGAUAGAGUUGAAUUUACAAAGCCUCAAGUUCCCGUGAGAAUCAAUGCAACUGGAGACUGGAAGGAGUUCUUGGACGCAAUGGUGGAAGCAGAAGCUACAUCCUACGGUGUAAUCAUCAACACAUUCCAGGAGUUGGAGCCUGCUUAUGUCAAAGAUUUUAAAGAGGCUAGAGAUGGAAAAGUAUGGUCCAUUGGACCUGUUUCCUUGUGCAACAAGAAAGGAGAAGACAAAGCUGAGAGGGGAAACAAGGCUGUCAUUGGUCAAGAAGAAUGUUUUAAGUGGCUUGAUUCUAAAGAAGAGAAGUCAGUGUUAUAUGUUUGCCUUGGAAGUAUUUGCAAUCUUCCUCUGUCUCAGCUCAAGGAGCUUGGCCUAGGCUUAGAAGAGUCUCAAAGACCUUUCAUAUGGGUCAUAAGAGGUUGGGAAAAGUAUAAUGAGCUCGCUGAGUGGUUCUUAGAGAGCGGUUUUGAAGAAAGGGUCAAAGAGAGAGGGCUUCUCAUAAAAGGAUGGGCACCUCAAGUGCUUAUCCUUUCACAUACUUCUAUUGGUGGAUUCUUGACACAUUGUGGAUGGAACUCAACUCUGGAAGGAAUCACUUCAGGUGUUCCAUUGCUCACAUGGCCAUUGUGUGGAGACCAGUUCUGCAACCAAAAACUUGUUGUGCAGGUUCUUAAAGUUGGUGUAGGAGCUGGGAUUGAAGAAACUAUGAAAUGGGGAGAAGAGGAGAAGAUAGGAGUGUUGGUGGAUAAAAAAGGUGUGAAGAAGGCAGUGGAAGAGUUAAUGGGUGAUGGUGAUGAUGCAAAAGAGAGGAGAAGAAGAGCCAAAGAGCUUGGAGAGUUAGCUCACAAGGCUGUGGAAGAAGGAGGCUCUUCUCACUCUAAUAUUACUUUACUCCUAGAAGACAUAAUGCAACUAGCACAAUCCAAUAAUUGA